CUUGGUUUUGGGGGCCAGAAGCUAGUAUGUAGAUCACUAGAAGCUAGAUUAUUUGUAUGUCUAGGAAACAUAUCACCUCACCCUAGACCUAUAGUCAGGCAAGCAACUCGCUCUACCAGCUAGAGGUUCAACAUUUACUAUUGCUUCGGUACCAUAAGAUUCGGCACAUUUCUCAUUUUCAACUUCAGAAUUUCUUGUUAUUGUGCCACACUGCUAUUGAAAUUCAAGACUGGGAUAGCUUUCAAUCGCACAUAGAGUGUAUACAGGAGGAAUCAUGGGUUGGUCAAAUACAUCAUACAACCGGUGGGAGCGUCCUCUUGACGGCCUUGAAGGCUACUUUGUCCAUUAUGUUCUCUACUCCAAGCUUACCAUCGAGACUGAUCUGACCGAUGCGGAGUCCGCGUUAAAACACGCCUGGACACAACUACGAUACGAACAGCCCCAGAUAGCGGCGACGGUCGAAGGCAUGAAAUUGGUGUAUGAGGUGCCAGAUGAGACCUCCUUACAGGAAUGGGUUACCUCAACAUUUAUUGUUUCAUCAGCUUCAGACGCAGAGGAACUGUACCGGAAAGCCACACCAAUUAAACAGGCGACGCUGUACUAUAUCCCAAAGUCUUCCGAGCUUGUGUUUCGUGCUCACCACUACUUGAUUGAUGGUACUGGCGUGCUGCUCUUUUGGCACAGAUACCUGAGCGCCCUGACAGCUCCUGCGCAGGAUAUCAAGUUCGAAAUUCUGGGCUACCCAGAACAAGCUGAGAAGGACGAGAAAGUGCGCACUCUCGUUGCAGACUGGUUUGAUAGUUUUCCCGGAAUUGGCCCUGUCUCGAAGGUCGGAAAUGCACCGUCCGGUCAAUGUCAGCACACGGAGCUUGCAUGUAAAGAUAAAGGUGUGACUGUCACUGCUGCUAUACAUGCAGCAUACAUCCAAAUGGUCGUCAAGCAUGGGGAUUUCAACUUCAAAAGUUCGCAAUAUGUGACCGCAAACCAGUUCAACCUGCGACCAUAUCUCCCAGGGCCGUACUGUACCAGCACCUAUGCUGUCUCGGUCUACUAUACACCUUUUGCUUUUCGGAUGGACCUUCCUUCUUCCUUCUGGGACACAGCAUAUCUCUUGGACAACUACUAUAAGAAUACCUUCAAGGGAAACCCGGACAACCUAGGACUCAAGGAGCCUUUCACACGCAGCAUGCUCGACGCUGUCCAGACACCAGAGUUCGCUGAAAAGCCAAUCUCCAGAGACGCACUGGUAAGUAGCUUAGGUAUAGUUGAGCGUCACCUGCAGCGCACGUACGGUGACGCUUUCACUGUUAAAGAUGUGAAAAUCGGAGUCGAUGUUGUUUUGGGCAUGAGCAUGUUUUUCGUUUACACGUUUCGGGACAGCCUCCGCCUGGUCUACAGUUUCAAUGACGGGUACGAAUCUCCCAGUGAUAUUCAGACAUAUUUGGACGAAAUCCAAAGAAUCCUUGUCGAAGAACUGGCAGUAUGA